UUUACUUAGAUGACAUCGGUGCCCUGCUGGAUGCUGAUUGGCUGGAUCAGUCAAAUGGUCGCUCUUUUGGACAAGCCAGAAGCCGUGGCCUUGCAACACAGCAUUGGGCAGAUAGCAGAGAGUUACCCCCAAGCUCUGGUUUACGCCCUCAUGAUCAGCACGGAGAGUUUCCAGUUUGAGGACACGGCCACAGGACACCAGCAGAGGGAGUUCGUGGACAGGCUCAGGGGCGUGCUCGAUAAGGCAGGAGCUGUGAGGAAAUUCGUGGAUGCGCUGCAGCAACUCACCAACCCCGAGAUGAUUUUUAGGGACUGGUGGGAUUACGUGAAAAACCAAAUGGACAAACCAGGUUUUGACAAGAAGCAGAUGGAGCGCAUGUACGAUGAGAUGCGAACCUCGCUGGGGGACGACGCGGUCGGACAUGGAGCGUUUCGCAAGAAAUUUAUCCAGGUUUGAAGGG